AUGGUAUCUGCUGUGUGCAUCUUAUUUACUAGCACAAAUAACGCUGAUAAUAUUGAUGAUGUUGAUGAUGAUGAUGGUGAUGGUGAUGAUGAUGAUGUUACUGAUGACGAUAAUGAUAAUGAUGAUAAUGAAGGUUGCAUUGGUGAUAGGUGCUGUAUUGCGGCUACAAAUGCUGUAUUUGAUCAUUUUAUUAUUUACAUUCCUUUAAAUGAUAUACAUACACCAUUACCAUACCCGGGUUAG